AAAAGGCUGUUUUCAUCCCUUUCUUUAUUAUUGUCUUCUCUAGAUUUGAGUUGUGACUGGUGAAUAAGUAAUCAUUAUAGUCUAACAACAGUUUUGUUUUGAGCAUUAUCAAGGACAUAGUCACUUGUAACCCGCCAAAAUCAUAAUUAACCAAUGAAAAAUUGACAUGUUUUUUAGUUUGGCGCGCAAAGUGUUGAGAAACUUGUUAGUCUUACCGGUGCCACAAUUAAAAUCAUCUAAAAACAUAUCAUCCUUUACCAACAAGAAUUUGAACUCAUUGUUGGAAAUGGAUAUAAAACCAGUUUCAAAGUCUCCAAGACCAUUUACAAUAUUUGUCGAGGGCAACAUUGGAAGUGGCAAAACAACAUUCCUAAACCAUUUUUCCAAGUAUGAUGCUAUGAUAUUGUCUGAGCCUGUUGAAUUCUGGAGAAACGUCAGGGGACAUAACAUGCUGGAGUUGAUGUAUAAAGACCAAGCUAGGUGGAGUUUAGCUUUUCAGAGUAUUGUACAAAAGACAAUGCUUGAUCUACACCUGCAAAACACCAGUAAACCUAUCAAGAUGAUGGAAAGAUCCUUAUACAGUGCAAGGUAUUGUUUUAUUGAAAAUCUACAUAGAAAUAAAGUAUUGGCUUCCCCAGACUAUGCAGUGCUCGACGAAUGGUUCCAGUGGAUUGUAAAAAAUAUGGACACCAGUGGAGAUCUUAUCGUCUAUUUAAGGACAGAUCCAGAGGUUGUACAUCGUCGGAUAAAGGCUCGAGCUCGCUCAGAAGAGGCUCAAGUUCCGCUGGAAUAUCUUCAACAGUUGCACCAGAUGCAUGAGAAUUGGCUGGUGAAGAAAACUGCAUUUUCAUGCCCUGCCCCAGUGGUAAUUGUAGACGCCAACAAGGAUUUGUCAAGUAUGGAAGAAGAGUAUGAGAAAUGUGAGACGGUGAUGAUGAAUAAGGGUUCAGUGUUCUCUAUCAAGAAUCGUUCUCCGGCUGUGGAGUCUUACCGUUCAGGAAUCACUCAGUCCCCGACCAAAGUUGUAUUGUGAUAAAUAAAGUCAUCAUGAUAAUAAUCUAUGGGCCAGAAAGCUUUAGGAAAUUGUUUCUGUAAGUACAGUGCAAUGUGAGGAUUUAGAUAAUAAUAAUUUUCAUUGUUUGUUUGUGUGUUUGUUAUUUAACUGAUCUAUAUUUUGGUGUUAAUUUUACCAAGCCGCUCUUAGGCAUUUCUGGAAAUUGAAAUUGAUACCUGUUGAUUGUAAGCUAGUUAAAUAAACAUAUAUGACAUUUUUCA